AUGCCGCCCAAGAAGAAGCAGCGCAUUUCUGGGGGAAAUGAGGUGCCAGCUGUGCAGGCAUCCUUGGACAAGUGGCUGCAGUCCAUCUAUGAGCUUCGCCAUGCUCAAGAAGAUGAAUCCAUGUCUCCUGUCCAUCCAUGGCCUGUGUUGCACGGCGGCACCUUUCUCGAUGUUGCGAAUCGGGGCUGGCUGGAGGUGGAUAAGCUUGUCAGUUCUGUGCACAAACUGGUUCUGAGAGCCGGGCUGAUGGCUCCUGACAGCUCUGAGACAGAGUUUCUGUCCAAGUACUGCACGAUGGAGGCAUGGCCGCCACAGCAGGGCCGAAUGGUCACGAGCUCCAUCCUUCAAUGGAGUAUGUCGGCAGAUUCUUUUUGGAGGGGAUUCGUUCCCAUGAGCGAAGUGCUGGGCAUUGCUCGAUCCAUUGCUGUGACCCGCUUCCGGGAGGGUGAAGUUCUGAGCUUGCGGAUCAACCCCGACAUGGACAUGGAGGCCCAUUCCAAACAUCAGAUUGGAGUCCUUUGGUUCGACGAUGGCAGUAUGAAGGGGCUGGCCUGCUACAUCAACCUCGUGGGCCUUGUAGUGUUGGACCAGCAGGGCAGUUUUCGCCCAGAGGAUCUUGCCCAUCCUCGGGUCCAGACCUUCAUUCAGUCGCUUCUGCAGAUUGCCACCAUCUUCAAGUCAGAUGUUGGCACUGGCUCGCUCAUUGACAGCCAGAUUUCCAGGGUGGUCAAGCAGAACCAGGAUUCCCAGGCCCAGGCGAUCUCGAGCUUUGGCUGGGCCUGCCUGCUGAGGCAGAUGGCCCAUCACGGUGAAGACAUCCAGUUCGACCACUGCAUGCAACUGUACAAUCAACAUCCAGCUGUGCAGCAGCAGAUGGGCGACACUGAUGGCUCUGGUAGUGGAAGCGUGAAGAUUGACAACAAGAAGGCUUCUGCAAUAAAAAAUUGGCUGGAAAAGACAUGCAGUGAUGUUCUGUGCUUGGUCGAAGCUUGUCAACAUGAUGUUCCCUUUAGCAGCGGUCCUUUUGGCGAGUCACUUUCAUUGAUGCCGUUCUUGUUCUUGGGCAGCAGCAGUCCCAUCAGCCUAGCAGCCAGUGCAAACUGUGGUCUUGAGCCUCUUGAAGGAGAAAGCACCGUCCACAUUGAAUGGGAGCUGCCCCUGGAUGCGGCAGCUCAGUCAAUCCUUUUCAGACGGAUCCGUUCGGACUUUGAAUGUGCCACGUCAUUGGUCGCUGUCAAGGACAAAAAGCGCUACCGUGCCAAGGAGCCUGAGCUACAGCAGCUUCGCAACCUCGUGGCUCUGUGGUCCCAAGUGAAAGCCCUUUGCGCCCACACCUUUGAUGCUGAAGCAUUCGAGCAGAAGCUAGCUUCAGGAAAUCAUGUGGACGAAGAGCUGGCCGAGGUCUUGCUGCAAAAGCCGGUCAGGUUUGGAACCAGCAUGAUGCCGGCGCAGAAGCAGAAGAUACAAGAGAUGUCUAAAUCCAAGGAUGCUGCUGUCCAUUGUGAGGUUGAGCAGCAAAGGCUGGAGGUACGCUCCGCUCGCUGGGAGUUUUUCCGCAAAGCUUUGGGCCAGGAUCAGAGCCAACUCCAGUUGGUGCAGUCAGCGCCGGCCAAGCUCGCUGCAAUACAGCGUCGUGCUGAAGCCAUGUGGCGGCAGGAGCAAGCUGCGUUGGGGGAGAAGGCAGUUAAGGCAUGGUGCAACAAGUUCAUGCGAGUGGUGCCUGUGGACAAGGUGGAUUUUGUCAUUGGCCCCAUCAAUGACUUCACCAACUUCAUCGUGAUUUGGCGUGGAAAUACAUGGUUGGAAAGGGCCAAGCAGCACAACGUCUCAACGGACAAGGUGCACAUCGUUGGGCUGGUGGACUUCAACAGCCCAAACGCUUCAACAAAGUGCCGGGUCAGUGAACUCUCCAAAGCCUUGAACUUGAUUUGUGAGACCAACCCCGAGAGGAACAUGGGCGUCCUUGACUUUCCGGACCAACCAAAAGCCUCUUCAAAGAGGGGUUUGGCCGAUGAGGAGCACGAGAUACAAAGUGCCAUGUGGUCAAUGAAGCUCCAUGUGGACACCAGGCGCUGGUCGAUGGGGCGCUUGGCCGUGCUGAACACAGAACUUGAUUCCAACAUCUGGCUCAACCACAGCGAGCUGAGCAUUGCGGGGCGCCCUCUUCAAACGGAGCGCGUCCUUUUGCCGAGACAAAGGGAUUUGGUUUUACCAGAAUCUACAGAUGCUUCUGCUGAUUUGCGUUUGGCGGAGCGCCAGCGUCCGUCCCCGGAGCAACAGCGUGCCCAGAAGGGCAAGGAACGCAUGGUAGCAUUGCUGAAAUCGCUCCUGACUCUUAGCGAGUACCAUUGGGAUGGGCCGGUUCUGGUGGUCAACUUGACGGGGUACGUCGAAGAUGCUGGUCUGGCGGUUUUGGACCUGAAAGCCAAUCCAGCCAGCAUCGAAAGCUUUGACACGAAGCACCAGCUCCACUACUUGUCGGUGCACUUCAUGGACAACGGCGAGUUUGGGAAGGCCCGCUUGAUGCGGGAAGUCACUGAAGCAUUCCUGGACUCCAAGAUCAAGGUUGAAGGCUUUGCCGAGUUCAAUGCAAAUUGCCCUGCUGUAUCUGAAGAAGAACUGUCGAAAGUACCGGGGGCCAAGGUCGCCCUGGGCUCUGUCGACGCCUUGAAGCUUGAAGUUUUGGUCCGAGAUGGAGCCUCCGUGAUCAUCAAGCCGGAUGAGGCCAAAUAUUUUCGCAGCAUCCCAGAUCGUUACUGCGAGAAGUUUGAAAAACUCUUCAAAGAGCAUGGCGAGAAGUAUGCGCAGUGCUUGGCUUCAAUCAUCCAGCCCGCGACUGGGACUUUCAACGCAGCAGAUCCUGGUGCAGAAAGAGAGACAGACACAGUUGGAGCAGAUGCAGCUGCUGCAACACCAUCCAUUGAAGAGUUUGAAAGCCUGGCCAAGUUGAAUGAGACCGAUGCCAUUGAGGAGACCGUGAUGUCUGAAGUGGCAGGUGUGAAAAUUCUGAAGGGACGUUCCCGGUGCUUAUACCUGAUGUUGGAUGGCGACGACGGUCCUAAGGAGAAGAUCUUACCCCGCAAGACCCAGCUCGGAGGCUUUGGCUCCGGCACCUACGCAAAGCUCGACGACCCGACCCCAGGCGUGGAGUACAAGAUGAAAAAGGGAGACGCAUCCCUUGUACAAUUCGAUGAGUCCAGUUUGAUGCCGGAGAGCUCCAACAUUGAGGUGUGGUCCAUCUACAAAAUGAUCGUGCAGGUGGAAAAGGCAAAACGCCUCCCGAAAGUCAAUGUGUCAUUCCUCAAGGUGACACGAAAAACGGAUGCAGAAAGCCUAGAUGGAUUCGACAUCGAAGUCCAGAUGAAGAUGAAGUACCAGCCAACGGGCGUUGGACUCGCAACAGCAGCAAGCAAGGCCAUCUCUUGCAAAAAUUUCUUCAAGGAGUAUGUCGGGGACAAGGGCCUGGACGAGUCCAAGCUCAUUGAGCCUGUUUUCAGGUUCAGGUAUGAGCAGGUGGGUACAAACCUCAAAGUGCAGAAACCCUACGUCAUCACGAGUGUCCCUUUGAAGCUGAACUUGAAGAAGCCAAUCAAGGCAUUUCAUGUCAAUCCCUGGCAGCAGCAUGUCGUUCGAUAUUCAAGCGAGGAUCCAGGUCUUGCAGCAACAUCGACCCCAUCGAGACUCCCAUCAAGGAGCCAAGGGCCAGAAAGUCAAUUCGAGGAGCAGUCUGAAGAAACCCCGCGGCCCACCGUGCAAGCCAAAGCCACGGGUGCCAAAGGGGCGAAGGGCGCAAAGGGAAGAGGCCGCAAGGGGAAGAGCAAGGGCCAGGCAAAGGAUGGCCAGUCAAAGGAUGCCAACAUGAAAGAACAGGCCGAGAAGAAGAAUGAUGGAGAUCCUGCGCCUGAAGCUUUUACUGAUCCCAACGCCUUCCCCGAGGCCAAGCCAGAAGAGGCACAGAUUGAAGAAGAGGAGGAAGAAGAGCAGGAGUCUGAAGAGGUUGUGGAAGAUGUCGAGGCUGUGGAUGAGGACUCGCCAGCAAAGUUGCCUGUCUUGAAGAGGCCAGCGAUUGCGAAGCAUUUCAUGAAACGACCUGCUUUGAAGCGACCUGCUUCGCAGACAGAUGCUGGUCCGGUGAAGCCUUCCGAGCAAUCCAAGGCCACGACUGAGACUGAUACCAAGAAGGUGGAUGGUGUUGAUUCGGUGAAGCCCUCCAAGCGCUCCAAGGCCACGAGUGAGACCGAGAAGGUCACUUGGAUGGUGGAAGGUUGGCAGGAUGUGGCUGCACUGCGUGCUGCUCAAGCCUGGCCAGGGAGACUCAGUCCGCAGGCUGUCACUGAUGUUCUCACUGAAAGGCUGUGUUUGGUUUUCCCGGCAGUUUGCGCGGCAUUUUGA